CUUGGCGUCCCCAUCCAGGCCACUCCCUGCCUCCCGUCCCCAGGGUUUGCCUUCCCGGAUUGGGCCUACAAGCCGGAGUCAUCCCCUGGCUCGAGGCAGAUCCAGCUGUGGCACUUUAUCCUGGAGCUGCUGCAGAAGGAGGAGUACCAGGGUGUCAUCGCCUGGCAGGGGGACUACGGGGAGUUCGUCAUCAAGGACCCUGAUGAAGUGGCCCGGCUCUGGGGCAUCCGCAAGUGCAAACCCCACAUGAAUUAUGACAAGCUGAGCCGGGCCCUGCGUUACUACUACAACAAGCGCAUCCUCCACAAGACCAAAGGCAAGAGGUUCACCUACAAGUUCAACUUCAGCAAAGUCGUGCUAGUCAAUUACCCACUGCUGGAUGUAGCAGCUGCUGCCACUGGCUCCCCACUCUUGUUGACCCCUGGUCCCUUUGCAGGGGGCCCUGGGCCAGAUGCUCCUCCCCUCACCCCAGAGGCCCUGCAGACCCUGUUCUCUGCCCCACGCCUGGGAGAGCCGGGGGCUCGGACACCCCUGUUUACCCCAGAGACGGACAAACUGCGGCUGGACAGCCCUUUCCCGUUCCUGGGCUCUGGUACCACUGGCUAUUCCAAGCCCCCCAGCCUGCUGGGUCCCUACGGCCGCGCCUUCCCUGAGUACCCCUGGAACUUUAACCCAUACCUCACAGGCCCCUUCCCCAAGCUCUCCCCUUCUCUCUAUCCCCCACACUUCUACCCCAACUCCCUGGCCAGUUCCCUGGGCCACCUGCCUUCCACAGGAGCAGGGGGAGGCCCCACGGCUGCACCCCUGCUGGCUGCGACUGGGGAGGGCCUGGGUCCUGAACGCCCCUCAGGCCUGGUGGCAGCCCCUCGCCUGGCACUGCCAGGAGCAGGGGGUCCAGAGACCACGCUGGGCAGAAAGGAAGACAGUGACUCAGAAUUGGAGAUUACUGAUGUCAGCGGCUGCAGCUCUGACAGCGAGGGCGAUGAGGGCCUCCAGGUGUCUCCCAAAGCCAAGGCAGGCAAAGGGGGGACCGGCAGCUGAGCCAGCGUGGGGUGACGGAUUCUGCCGAGGUGGGGACCAGGACAGCCACCCAUGAAGCCUCUGCCAUCUGGUCUGCCCUCGAUGUCAGCCAAGGCCUAGGACCAGGCCCUGGCACCCUCCCAGAGCCCAGUCUCCCUCCCCAACCCCAGAGUGGGGGUCUCGCCUUCCCCUCCAUGGAGGGGGAGGGAAGAAAAUGGCCUCCACCCCCCCCCCCAGGCUCCAGUUUGAGGGGGGUCCCCGCCUGGCCCCACUCCCAAAGUGCAAUACGGCGCCCAGCCUCCCCUGCCCACCCCUGUGCUGUGACCUGUGUGUUUGUGUGGCCGUGUCUCCAACCCCCUGUGCCGGCCCCCAUCCUGAUACCCUCACACAGGCCCCCCUGGGGACAGGGAGCUCAGAGCAAUAACCCCGCCCCCAGCCCCUACCCAGGAGGGGCCCUCUCCCCACCAGCUCCCCACGACCUCCACAGCCACCUACAGAGUUUACUACAAAAAUAAAAGAACAGAGGGAGACGUGGGUGCCCAG